GAUUUCUUUCUUUCUGUUGCUGAGAGGGAGAAGUAGUAGUAGUUGUUGAUGUGAGUUGAUGUUGGUUAGAAAUAAGAGAUUGCUAUCCUGUUAAUUAAUUUUCCUUUUUGAAUACUUAGUUUAGACGCUCACAGGUGAGGCAGAAGAGGACGAUCCAGGGAAACUAGAAGGCUUUUCCAACUUGUCUUUGUUUUUCUUCCCCUCUUCUGGACUGGCAGUUUAACUUCUCCGUUGAUUACAAGAGACAGAGAGAAGAAUCGCACCAUGGAGGUCAAACUGUUAUGCUGUGACAUCAUGCUCAUGAUCUUAGCUGUUGCAGGAAGCAAUGCGCAGUCAGCUGUUUGUGGCACUGCACCGCUCAACACCAGGAUCGUAGGAGGUGAGGAUGCUCCUCCCGGGUCGUGGCCCUGGCAGGUCAGUCUGCAGAGCAACGGAUUUCAUUUCUGUGGAGGCUCCCUGAUCAACAACCAGUGGGUCCUGACUGCUGCUCACUGUUUAAACCGCGCCAGACCCGAUCUCACCGUUAACCUCGGUCUUGACACCCUAGACUUGCCGAAUACAAACGCGAUGUACCGGACUGAGUCCCAGAUCAAGCAUCCCAACUAUAACACCACAACGAACGAUAAUGACAUAGCCUUGCUGAAGCUGUCCUCACCUGUUAACUUCACCGACUACAUCAGACCCGUGUGUCUGGCGGCGGCCGGCAGCGUCUUUAACGCCGGGACGACCUGCUGGGUCACCGGAUGGGGGAAAAUCCAAACUAACAUUUCACUUCCUUCCCCAAAGAGGCUGCAGGAGGUGAGUGUUCCCAUCGUGUCCAACAGUGAUUGUAACGUUACCUACGGUGGUAAAAUCACAAACAACAUGAUCUGUGCUGGUGUGACUCAGGGAGGAAAGGGCAUCUGUGACGGGGAUUCAGGCGGCCCGCUGGUGACUAAAAACGGCUCUGUCUGGGUCCAGGCUGGAGUGGUGAGUUUUGGAGGAGGCUGUGCCCUGCCUAAUGUACCAGGAGUCUACACCCGAGUGUCCCAGUAUCAGUCCUGGAUCGACAGGCAGAUCAGCAUCUCUGGAGCCGCUCACCUGGUUCCCCUCUCGGUUCCUCUGCUGCUGUCCAUCUUACCUGUUCUCGUCUCCUUCUCUGUCCUUUCAUAGAAAGUUUAAUGAUGAUUUAAUUCACCAGGACAGAGUCAAAAUAUCUGUCUGGUUUUUAUUUUUUUUAAAUUUUUUUUUUACUUAAGAUUCAUUUACUUUAAAACAAGCAACAAAAUAUUUCCACAUGUUUCCAGUUCAGCUUCUUGUGUUGAAGGAGUUCUGCAGAAAAGACUCGAUAGAAGAGAAGAGAGAGAAACUGUAACUGCUGAUUGUUUUCUCCAUUAAAGGUCUGGUGUGUAACAUU